AUGGACGGAGCGGCGGAUAUGCUUCUAUACUUGGGGCUUGGUUCAUUGGGGCUUGGUUCAUUGGGGCUUACUUAUAUACCAAGCCCCAAUGAACCAAGCCCCAAGUAUAUAAGUCGUCAACAUUUAUUGAUGGUUUGCCCUAAGCGAUUCGAUAGAAGCAUAUCCGCCGCUCCGUCCAUCUCUCCUCUGUGCUCUCUCUCAGGCGUUUCAGGUCCGAUCGUAAACGAGGUCAGUAGUUUUGAUCAAACUGUGCCAAACUCUCUCGAAGAUUUUCGUUAUAAACUGAAGACGAUGAAUGCCAAUUCAAGACCCACGAGGGUGAUACGGAAAAAAAAGGCGACGAGUAAGAACGCAAAAACGUGGGUGUGCUGGGACAUCGACAGCUGUCCGGUUCCGAAUGGUCACGAUGCUUGUCUGGUCGGUCCGAGUAUAGACUCGGCCUUAGAUAAGGACGGCUACACUGGUCCUCUCACCAUCACUGCCCUUGGCAACCUAAAACCCAUCUUAAGAAAAACCCCUGCUGAUAUUCGGAAACUCUGUAACUCUGGAAUCCAUCUUAAUCACGUCCGCGGUUUCGCUGAGAUUUUUGACAAGUUUUUGACGUGGACGCUGCAUAAUCAACCUCCGGCUAAUAUACUGUUGAUAACCGGUAGAAAGCUUGCGCCAGUUUAUUUUGAAUGGUUUUCAACCCUAGAACGUCAGGGAUACACCAUUCUUCAAGCAAAUCCUCGGGGAUCUCCUCAAGCUAAUGAAAAGAGCUAUCUCUGGGGACACUUACUGUUGGGACCAAUUGAGGGAAGCAAGACGAAUCGUUUACCGCGUCGAGCAACUUAUUUUUGCUCAACAUGUAAUACAUGUCCUGGCGAUAGUGAAGCUAAGAACCUACAGCAAAAGCAAGAGAGAUCAUCGAGAAACAAAUGGACUGCGUCUGCGUCGCUCGACAAGGUGUUAGCUGACAUAGUGCUCAAGCAGAUCCAAGCAGGAAACAGGCGGAACAAUUUCUUCGACAGGAAGACCUGGACCAACAUGUGUAAUGAUUUCAAUGAGCAGACGGGUCUCAGCUUCAACAACAAUCAAUUGAGGAGGCAUCUCGACGUUCUGAGACAACGCUACAAUUCUCUGAAAUCGAAAAACGAGUUUGUUGUGGAAGAAGAAGAUACGAGAUGUAUAUUGGAGUUAGACUUGUGGGAAGAGUGA